GUCCCAAAGGUGGUGCAUAUGACACUUCAAGAGCAACUGGAACCAUCAUUUCAAGCGGAAGAAGCUUGCUGAUAAUUUGUGGUGGAUUGGUAAGUUUGUAAUUAGCCGUAUAAUUUAGUUCCAAUUACAAUAUCUUAGUACGUUUGGCGAGUGGUGCUCUGGUUAGACUCUUUCUAAAGUGAUGCAUGCCUAAGGAGAUGGGGUUUUAAGCGAUUAUCAUGAUCCUCCCAUUUCCUGGGAAAAUCGGGUUUUAAGCGAUCUUCGGAUCCCCCCUUUUUCUGUCAAACAGGCUGUGUUUCUAAGGAGAUGUAUACCUCUCCUAAGAGUCUAACGAGAGUAACUCCGGGUAUUCGAAUUUGUACUAAAUUGCCGAAAAUUGUCUAACAUACUACUUUCUGUGUCUUCCUCAGCGGUUGCCUACCAAGAAAAAAAAUUUAUGGAGAAGAUGCAGAAGUUGCGCGAGUUAUGCCCUGAGGGGGCACAGUGGUGCACUGGACAUGACCUAUCCAUGUGGACAUUUCAUAAAGAUGGAGGGACAAGAUGGGGUAUUGCCACAACGAACUCAGGUGAGAGUAUCAACUCUGUCUACAAGGCCGUUCGUGCACUGCCAAUCUCUGCCAUUGUGGAGAUGACUUUUUGGAAAACGAAUGCAUGGUUCGUCAACCGACUCCACUGGGCCAGAACAAACGAGGCACAGGGUAAGGUCCAUGCCUAUAAAGUCAUGGAAGUAAUGGAGAAUGACAAUGGCAAGAGCAGUCGACAUAGUGUAACCGUUAUGAAUCGGGCAAAUGGCGAGUAUAGCGUGACGACCGGGCAUCGGGAGGACGGUAGACGGGGGGGCCACCGCCAUGAAGUUGUGGUCAAUUUCAGGACAAAAGUUGGUGAGUGCUCAUGCCAGAAGUAUCAAGGUAGAGGGUGGCCUUGUUCUCAUGCAAUGGCCGUAAUUAAAAACAGGAGCAAAGACCCACGUCACUUUGUUAGUCCGUUCUUCAAUAUCGACUCACUCAAAAACACCUAUGGAAGGAGUUUUCGUGCAUUGCCUGAUGAAGUUUAUUGGCCGAUGUACGAAGGAAAAUUGAUCAUCCCGCCGUUCGGACAGAGGCGUGAGCCGGGUCGCCCGAGGAAAAAGAGAAUUCCAAACGAAAUGGAUCAAAGUGGAAGACCACCACGGGGCCCAAGACGAUGUUCAAUAUGCAAAGUUCCAGGACAUGAUAAACGAAGAUGUCCAGGCCCGAUUGGUCCGCAAAAUCCGGAUCCUGAUGUGUCGGAAUCAGCUAAUGCGACAUAGUUUGCUUUUAUCAUUUUUUUUCAAGCAUGUUGAGACUCUUACUUUGCAAUUAAAUGUGUAAUGUUGAUUGAAGUAAAUGUGUAUUGUGUGAUAAGCCCUCGAUUAGCUUAGCUCAGAAUCACGCAGCGAUGAAUCAAAAUUGGAUGAAUUUGGGGAUGAAACUCGAUGGAAAUUAACGAACUAAAUCAGGAACUUCAACACGAAACUGAGAUAAAGGAAAAAGAAAACGUUUAACAAUCAAAACUUGCAUCCUAAGUUACUAACUUCUCUCACAAGUAAACUGUUCCAAAACAGCCUUUGAUGUCAACUUUGUGGUUAUGGAACUCGGUCUUAUGGGUUGAGUCGAGCUCAAUCAAUUACUUCCCUUGGUUUAGAAAGUCUUGCCAUUCCAUUCCCAACUCCAAACUCCAGCUGGUCAUGCCCCAAACUCCUUGAAUUCGAGCUCAAAGUUGGUACCUCAAACUGUUUUCCUGCCUUAGCCAAAAACUAUCUUCCUGACCUUAUUUCCACAAACCAAAUGCAUAAAACUAUAAACAAACAUACAAGGUUCAAAAUGAGACCCUAACCUUGCAUUUCCAUUGAAGGGUUUGAGAGAUGCGGCCUUCCAAAGUACCCUUCCCAAAACUGUCUCAACACUUAGGAAAAUUCCAGCCUUGUUCGUAUUAACUUGACCCGAUCUUUGAACGAUUUGUUUGAGAUGAUUGAAGGGUGGAAUUCAAAUAAACUAAGAUAAUAGGA